AUGAUUGAUAAGGCCCCUAAAUUAUUUCCAAACAGGUUUUGCAACAUUUUACGUAGAAAAUUGAAAAAUCCCGAUAACUGGUGCAAGCAAAUUGUUUACUACACAAGUGAAGAUGGAAAUAAGAUGGCAAAUGCUGCUUUUCUGAUUUCUUCAUUCGCUGUGAUAUUUCUGGAAAAAACACCUAGUGAAAUUGAUAAAAUUUUAGUUUCAAAUAAUGUGAUUUUAAAACCAUUUCCAGAUGCUUCUCAUACUGAAAAUCUCACACUCACACUACUUGAUUGUUUAAAUGGAAUGAAAAAGGCACUGAAAUGUGGAUUUUUCAAUUUCCAAGAUUUUAAUUUAUUGGAAUAUGAAAAAUAUUCCCAAAUGAGAAAUGGUGAUUUAAAUUGGAUAAUACCUCGGAAAUUUAUUGGAUUUGUCGGUCCAAGUACGAAGAAGGACACAAAUUAUCAUCCACCGGAAAAAUAUUUUAAUUACUUUGUUAGAAAUGGUGUGGAAGCAAUUAUUCGAUUGAAUAGAAAAUGCUAUGAUGCGUCAAGAUUCAAGAAAAUAGGAAUAAAACACUACAAUCUAUAUAUGCCAGAUGGUACUGCGCCAACUCGUCGAAUACUAGAAGAAUUUCUUGAAAUUUGCGAAAAUAACAAGGGAGCUAUUGCAGUUCACUGCAAAGCUGGUCUGGGAAGAACAGGAACAUUGAUAGCGGCUUAUAUAAUUAAGCACUAUCGAUUAAAUGCCAGAGAAGCUAUUGCUUGGGUGAGAAUUUGCAGACCAGGUUCUAUAAUUGCUCCUCAACAGAAGUGGCUCGAAGAAAUUGAGAGCCUAUUGCAGAGAGCAGGUCAUUUCUACAGGCGAGUAGAUUUUCAAAAGUAUUCCUAUUAACAGAAAUAAAUUUAAUUAUUAGAAACUAAUUUGAAAUUUAGUUAAAGAUGAUUAAUUAAAAUGAAGCAAUUUUAAUUUUCUUCGCAGACUAAUAUGUCAUCAUAAGAGUAAUUCGAUUACUCGUCAUAAGUACGGUAUUUACUCAAUCAA